GAGCGGCACCCGUGCGCGCCAAUGGGGCCGCCCUGACCUGGCGCAGGUGAGCGGCGGGGACGAGCGGUGGUUCCGGCCCUGCUGCCGCCGCCAUGGAGCCUGUGGGCGCCUGGGGCCCUGCGCAGGUGGCAGCCUGGCUGCGAGGGCUGGACGUGGCGGUGCAGGGGUACCCCUUCGAGGCGUGGGGGCUGGCGGGUGCCGAGCUGCUGGGGCUGUCGGCGGGGUCCCUGGAGGCGCUGGGCGUGCGGCGCGUGGGGCACCAGGAGCUGCUGCUGGACGCCGUGGAGCAGCUUCGAGCCCUGGACACGGAGCUGGCGAGCACCAGCCUGCGGACGCUGACGGAGGGGCUGCGGGACCUGGCGCAGCGCACCCAGACCCUGGUGCUGGAGGGGCCGCCCGGGGCUGCCACCCCCCAGCCGCCCCCCUUCGCCCUGCUGGCCUGCGUGGUGGAUCUGAUCGGGGCCGCCAAGGGGCUCUUCUCCUGGCUCAACAGGUACCUCUUCUCCACCCUGAACGACUUUUCGGCCAGCAGGGACAUCGUCCUGCUCUGCGCCCGGCUGGCGGAGGUGCUGCAGGCGGACUGCUCGGCAGUGGAGAGGAACAGCCAGAUCCUGCUGAUCUGCCAGCACAUCGUGGGCAUCUGCGAGAGCAUCGUGGGCUGCAGCCCCCCGGCUCUGCUGGACCGCAGAGCUGUGCUGGAGCGUGUGGGGCUGGUGCCGCCCCCCGAGCCGUGGGGCAGCCCCCCGGCAUCUCCCAGCACCCCCACACUGCCCCCCAAGCUGUGGAGCAGCCCCCCGGCCUCCCCCAGCACCCCGACGCUGCCCUGCAACCCGCUGGGCCUGGACAUCACCUCCACCAGCUCCUGCCUGCACUUCGUGUCCGCGACCAACUUGGAGGCCCUGGCUGCGCAGGGGGGCCGCGUCCUGCCCGGAGAUGAGAUCGUGCAGGUCAACGAGCAGGUGGUGGUGGGCUGGACACGCACCAACCUGGCGAAGAAGCUGCUGGAGAAGGCGAGUGGGGUGACGCUGGUGCUGAAGAAGGUCCCCCUCAGCCCGCCUGGCUCCCCUUUACCUCCCCGGCAGCAGGCGCUGAGGCUCCAUCCCCAGGUGCCAGGAGCCUUUUCGGAUGCUGCGGAUCCUCCCGGUGCCAAAAGCAGCGAGUGCCCCGGCAGCCCCGUGUCCCUGACGUCCAGUGCGGCCGCCGACGUGGAUUCGGGGCCGGACUCUGCACCGGACCCCGGCACCGACGACGAGGACGAGCGUGACACGAGCCUGCCCGGGGAGGACGUAGGCGAGCUCCCCCCGGCACCGCUCGGCCGCGGUAGGAGGGGAGCGGAGGGGAAGGAGCCGCUGCUCCCCACGGGACGGGAGGCCGCAGGGAGGCUGCAGCCCCGCUCGCUGUUCUCAGGUGCCGUGGAGGACGCGGCGUGGGAGGCCAGCACCCCGCCGGGCACCCCGUGCUCGCCACGCGCCCCCGCCGGACCCCGCACCGCGGAGCUCAGCCCCUUGGCAGCCCCCGGGGCUGGGGCUCAGGGCGCAGAGCCCGACCGGAUCCCUGGGGAGGGCAGCCCCGAGACUGGACGCAGACCCAAAGGAGUGGCGACCAGGCUGAGCCGCCGGCGGGUCUCGUGCCGGGACCUGGGCCGGGUGGACUGCGAUGGCUGGCUCCUGAAGAAGAAGGACCACGUGGGCUUCAUGGCCCAGAAGUGGAAGCGGUGCUGGUUGGUGCUGAAGGGCCACACGCUCUACUGGUACCACCACCCCAACGAUGAGAAGGCUGCGGGUCUCAUCAACCUGGCCACCUACAACCUGGAGAGCACGAGGGAGCAGAAGAAGAAAUACGUCUUCCAGCUCUCCCACGAGAGGUACAAGCCCUUCGUCUUCGCCGCAGAAACGCUGGCGGAUUUAAGCAUGUGGGUCAGUCACCUGGUAACGGCCAAGACAAAGCACGCGCUGGCCCACCAGCCGGUGCCGCACAGGGAGGAAGACUGCUACAGCGAGACAGAAGCCGAGGACCCUGAUGAUGAAUCUCCCCGGCAGGGCUGUGACUCGCCAAAGAAAAGGCUGCAAAACACCCCAGAAAAAGGCCAGCUCUUCCUGACCAGCGGCGAACCCAGCAGCGCAGCCAGCAGCCCCCAGGGCAGCCCCCGGCCCCGGUCACCCGAGGAUCCCGGCGAGGAGGACCUCGAGAGCCUGAUGCAGUGCCUGAAGCAGGGGGGGGUGUCCCUCAUCGGGCGGCAGCGGUUCCUGACGCAGGAGCAGUGCCGCAAGUCCUUCAUCCGGCGCAACAAGAACCCCCACGUCAAUGAGAAAGUGCACGCGGUGCGGGCCCUGCAGAGCACGCUCAAGGCGAAGCUGGCGGAGCUGCAGGCCCUCGAGCAGCUGCUGGACGACGACACGCUCACCUCAGAGAAGUUCACGCGCUGGAAGGAAGAGCACCAGGACCUGUACCAGGAGCUGCAGGAGUGCUGGGCACAGCGGCAGGGCCAGGGCGGCGGCGGUGGAGACCCCAAGGCCGAGCAGAGCUCCCCAGGAGAGGCAGCCAAACCCUGACACCCCCAGGACCUCUCUGGCAUCAAUCAUUCUCCAUAAAACUCACGGUGCUGCCGGUGCUCUGCCCGCCCUGGGGUGGGGGCAUGGCAGGAUUUGUGGCAGAUCUGAAGGCUCUGACCCCUUCUGCUACAUCGCCCACGGGAGCGGGACGUUGCAGGGAUGGUCUUGCUUUUUCCAAGGACGUUUUGCCUCGGCCACAUGUUCACAACUGGGGCCUUUUCCCGGAGGAACACGCUCCCACCGUGUGCCAGCAUGGUGCCUCUAGCUGGGCUCUCUUCUGUAAAUAAAAACCGUGUCGGUGA